AUGGCCUCCUCCGUGCCCAUACAAGUCGCAGAGACGAUACAGACCGCGCACAUCAACCGGACCCCGUCACCAAACCACGACCUCAAUCCCUCCACAGCCGCCUCCGAAAAGGAGCCCGUGACAUUAGAACCCGUCCUGUCGCACGAUGACCUCGAUGAUGAUGAGCUCGACGACUACAUCCCCCGCAGCAUCGUGAACCCAAAGCAGCGGUCGGCGAAGCUCCCGCCCAUGCCCGACCUGCGCUUUGAGCAGAGCUACCUGCACAGCAUUUCCAAGGCCGACACUUGGGGUCGGGUAGCGUGGAUCACUGUCAGGGACCAGGUCAUGAUGCCGCUGGCUCAAGGGGUCGUUUACAACUUGUUUCUCAUCGGCUGGCACCAUUGGAACAGAAACGCGCAGGUUCACGGCGGCACAAUAGGCGCCAAGGUACGGAGGUGGUGGUAUGGCGUGAACAAUUGGCAGCUGCCGCCGCAAAGGGGGUCAAGCUGGAGGACAAAGAAAGAACUGUAA